AUGGCGGGGAAGAGCCUCGGCCUUGUCGUCCUGCUUCUCCUGGCCGCCACGGCCGCCCUUGGGGCAGGGGAGCCGCGGGGCUGUGAGGCGGUGCGGAAAGUUUUCCAGCUGCGACAGCUCGGGCCCCUCCGGGGGGUGCCGGACUCGCCGCGGGCAGGGGUUGAUCUCCAGGUUUGUACUUCAAAAAAUCCAACAUGCUGCAACAAAAAGAUGGAAGAAAGAUAUCAGACCGCAGCAAAGCAAGAUAUACACCAAGUGCUUCAAACAUCAAGUGCUACAUUAAAAUUUUUAAUAUCUCGUAAUGCAGCUGCAUUUCAAGAGACCUUUGAAACACUCAUCAGACUAGCUGAAAAUCACACAAGCACGCUUUUCUGCAAUGUGUAUAGGAACAUGGCUGCUGAGGCUGCUACACGUAUUCAGGAGUUUUUCACAGAUGUUGGACUCUUCAUAUUUGGCACAGACAUCAGCACAGAGGAAUUUGUCAACAGAUUUUUUGACAACCUGUUCCCAGUGGUCUACAAUCACAUUAUUAACCCUGGUCAGACUGAUGUUUCACUGGAAUAUGCGGAGUGCCUCCGAAUGGCAAGAAGAGAUAUCAGACCCUUUGGUAACAUUCCCAAGAAGGUCAUAGGACAAAUGGGAAGAUCACUGUUACCCAGCCGGACUUUCCUGCAGGCUCUUAAUUUGGGGAUUGAAGUGAUCAAUACAACAGAUCAUCUGCAUUUCUCUAAAGACUGCAGCAGAGCUUUACUGAGAAUGCAGUACUGCCCCCAUUGCCAAGGGCUGACUUCGAGUAAGCCCUGUAUGGGCUACUGCCUCAAUGUCAUCCGAGGCUGCUUAGCCUACAUGGCAGAAGUUGAUCUUCACUGGCAGGAGUACAUUCAGUCCUUGGAGGAGCUCUCAAGCGCCAUGCAUGGUACAUACGACAUUGAGCACGUGCUUCUAAACUUUCAUUCAGUUGUUAAUGAUGCUCUUAUAAAAGCUCAUGUACACGGACCUGAAUUAUCUGAGCAGGUGAACAAGGUAUGUGGCCCUCCUGUAAGGAAGCCUGCACAGUCUCCAAGUUGCUCUUUUGAUCAGAACAAAGAUAAUGAAGGGCUGAAGAUGUUCUCAAGAGACAGUGAAGAAACCCUUGCCAACAGAAGAAAAGAAUUUAUCAGCCACCUCCGGCUCUACAGAGCCUUUUACGGCGGGCUGGCUGAUCAGCUGUGCGGUAAUGAGUUGGCAGCUGCUGAUGGACUCCCGUGUUGGAAUGGAGAAGAUGUUGUAAGAAGCUAUACUCUUCGCGUGGUUGGCAGUGGAAUCAAAGCUCAGUUUGGGAAUCCAGAAGUAAAAGUGAAAGGAACAGAUCCUGUAAUAAAUCAAAUUAUUGACAAGCUGAAACACAUAAUUCAGCUAUUGCAGAGCAAAUCAUUUCCUAAAUAUGAUAACUGGGAUCUGCGACAAACAGGCAGUGGUGGAAGUGUGGAUGAACAAAUCAGUGGAGAUUGUGAUGAUGAAGAUGGUUGUGGAGGAUCAGGAAGUGGAGAAGUAAAAAGAGUCAUGAAAAUUACAGACUGGGUGCCAGGCAAGAUGAACCUCAGUGACGUAAAGCAAAUCCAUCAAACCAACGAUGGCAGCACUUUAGACGCAACUGGAGCAGGAAGUACAACAAUGGCUGAUUAUAUGACAUCUAUGCUGAUGAGUUUGCAAUAUGGCACCAUGCUGCAAGUAAUCCAACAUGAAACAAUACAGCCAUCAGCACGCACUGGCCAUGCGGCUGUGCACGAUCACAGUAGCCUAUCAGGGAUUGCCGAGUGCUUCCUGAGGCCAAGGCUACCAGUCAUGAGCUCCCUGGGUUUGGGAACAUGCAGGGGCAAAACCUAUAAACAGAGCAAGUGUCUCCGUGUUGGUGGGCAAAAACAUCGACCAAGGUCAACAUUGCCUCCGCGGGGAUGCCUGCAAGACAUUGAUGCCUACCACAGUGAAGGACGCCUAUCAUGA